GAUGCUGCAUGCUAUGCUACGCUGUGCACACACCAUGGUGUAAGGAGACCUCCUUUGUUCCGUUCAGUAAAAACGACCCAAAACUGACAAAUGGACCGUGGCUUGAAGCGCCGGCAGGUGAAGCCCCUCGCAGCCUCCCUGUUGGAGGCCUUGGAUUAUGACAGCUCGGAUGACAGUGACUUUGAAGUGGGCGAUGCCUCAGCUUCAGACAUCACGGGCAUCGGGAGCGAUGAGGAGGGCUCCAGAGUUAGCGCGGCGGGCUCCGACAGCGACUCGGACAACGCCACGUCUGCCCGCCGCGGCGUGGAGGAGGCCGGGAAGGAGGCGGUCACCUCGGACUGCGUGAUCGUGGAGGAGGAGAAGGGAAGGCCCUCCUCGGACGGCUCCGGCAAAGAACCCGCCGCCGCCGCCAUGGCCGCCAAGGGCCGGCGCAAGAGCAGGAGGAGCUCGGACACGGAGGCGGCGGCGGGCAGCGGCGGAGAGGGGUCGGGGUCGGGCUCGGGGAACGGGGACGCUGACGGCAGCGCUGAGGCCGGGGCCACCGCCGCCGAACCCAAGAAGUGGAACUUCCGCCGCAACCGGCCGCUGCUGGACUUCACCACCAUGGAGGACCUGAACGAAAUGGACGACUACGACAGCGAGGACGACAACGACUGGCGGCCGGCGGCCGGCAAGAAGAAGAACAAGGCGGCGGCGCAGAAAGGCCUCGGCGGCACCGAGGGAGAGGAGGGGGGGAGCGGGACAGACGACGACGACGAUGACGACGGGGACAAUGACGACGACGAUGAUGACGACGACGGGGAUAACGAUGACGACGACGACAAGGAUGAGGACAAGGAGGGCAACAGCAGCAGCAGCGACAGCGACAAGGAGAUGAGUAAACCCAAGAAGAAGGCCAAGAACAACAGCUCCUUUGACGACGAGCUGACCAAUGACAGCACGUCCCAAGAAAAAGGCAACAAGGAUCCCUCGCUGGAGCUGGCCCAGACCUGGAGCGCCCAGCGGAUGGAGCACAUCCUGAUCUGCUGCGUGUGUCUGGGGGACAACAGCGAGGACGCCGACGAGAUCAUCCAGUGUGACAACUGUGGCGUGACGGUGCACGAAGGUUGCUAUGGCGUCGACGGGGAGAGCGACUCCAUCAUGAGCUCAGCCUCAGAGAACUCAACAGAACCCUGGUUCUGUGACGCCUGCAAGAACGGGGUGACCCCCAGCUGUGAGCUCUGCCCCAAUCAGGACGGGAUAUUCAAAGAGACGGACGCUGGGAGAUGGGUGCAUGUGGUCUGCGCCCUCUACGUUCCGGGGGUGGCGUUUGGGGACAUUGAUAAGCUGAGGCCAGUCACUCUGACAGAGAUGAACUAUUCAAAAUACGGGGCCAAGGAGUGCAGCUUCUGUGAGGACGCCCGCUUUGCCCGGACGGGCGUGUGCAUCAGCUGUGACGCAGGCAUGUGCCGGUCCUACUUCCACGUCACCUGUGCUCAGAGGGAGGGGCUCCUGUCGGAGGCGGCCGCAGAGGAGGACAUCGCCGACCCGUUCUUCGCCUACUGCAAGCAGCACGCCGACCGCUUCGACAGGAAGUGGAAGCGGAAGAACUACCUAGCGCUGCAGUCCUACUGCAAAGUGUCCCUGCAGGAGAGGGAGAAGCAGCUGGCCCCUGAAGCCCAGGCCCGCAUCACCACGCGGCUGCAGCAGUACCGGGCCAAGGCGGAGCUGUCGCGCAACACCCGGCCGCAGGCCUGGGUGCCAAGGGAGAAGCUGCCGCGACCCCUGACCUCCAGCGCCUCGGCCAUCCGGAAGCUGAUGAGGAAGGCGGAGCUGAUGGGCAUCAGCACGGACAUCUUCCCCGUGGACACGGCCGACACUAACGCCAGCAUGGACGGCCGGCGCAAGCACAAGCAGCCGGCGCUCACCGCCGACUUUGUCAACUACUACCUGGAGAGGAACAUGCGCAUGAUCCAGAUCCAGGACAACAUCUCGGAGCAGAAGAGCCUGAAGGAUAAGCUGGAGAGCGAGCAGGAGAAGCUGCAUGUGGAGUACAACAAGCUCUGCGAGUCUCUGGAGGAGCUGCUGAAUGUCAAUGGAGAGCUGCGGAGCCAAGGCCAGACGGUGUGGACGCUGCUGGGGAACAUUCUGGGCCAGAAGCUGAACGCCCCGGCUAUUCUGAAAGCCCCUAAAGAGAGGAAGCCCAACAAGAAGGAAGGCGGGGGGGCCCCCGGGAAGUCCUCCAGCCUCCCGGCCAUCCUCUACAGUUGUGGGAUCUGUAAGAAGAACCAGGACCAGCACCUGCUGCUGCUGUGUGAUACCUGUAAGCUCUACUAUCACCUGGGCUGCCUGGAACCCCCGCUCACACGCAUGCCCAAGAAGACCAAGAACAGCUACUGGCAGUGCUCUGAGUGCGACCAGGCCAGCAGCGACGAGGCGGACAUCGCCAUGGAGACGCUGCCCGACGGCACCAAGAGGUCCAGGAGGCAGAUAAAAGGACCGCUCAAAUUCAUCCCGCAGGAGAUGUCGCCGGAGCCUAAGAAACAUCAGAGAACACGGGGGCAGAAGAGGAAGAGGCCGCCCAUGUGUGAGGACCGAGACGACAAGAUCGAGGAACCGGCGCCACGGGAGCGGCGGCAGCGGCAGUCCGCACUGCAGAAGAGGCAGCAGCAGCAGCAGCAGCAGCAGCCGCCCAAAGCAGAAGACACGCGCACAGAGUGCACCACGUGCCAGGGCCCGGGCGACAACGACAACCUCGUCAGGUGUGACGAGUGCCUGCUCUGCUACCACUUUGGCUGUCUGGACCCCCCCCUGAAGAAGUCCCCCAAGCAGACGGGCUACGGUUGGAUCUGCCAGGAGUGUGACAACUCCUCCUCCAGGGAGGAAGAGGAUGAGCGACCAGAGGAGGAGGAUGAGGAGCGAGAGGAAGAGGAGGCGGGCAUUGUGAAAGAGGAGAUGUCUGAGCACCCGAUUCCAAUCUGAGCCGUGGCAGCGGUGAAUCCUCGUGAGCACGACUAACUAGCGUGCUAACGCCAGAGUGUUUCCUUCCUCGAUGACGGCACAAACGCUACUCAACUCUACUCUACACUACUCUAAUCUACGCUCCUCUACACUAUCCUUCUCUACUCUACUGCUGUCUCCCGGACAGUCAUGCUCCUGGAGAACCAGCAGUGUUUGGUUUCAUGUACAUCAGAAACAUAUGACGGACAUAGCCCAUAGAGAACAGUAUAUUUUAGAACAGAAUGUAUGCUAACGCCUUCUAGAAAUGGGGAGAGCAUGAUAUUUUUUUAAAAACAAAGGGGUACAAGCCUGAAGGGCUGGAGAGGAAUCGACGGGCAAAUAAUUUCUUAUUUCCGAUUAACACCUUUAAGGACCAACACAAUCCGAAGGGAUCUACCUGUCCUUUAUCCUGAGAGACAUCGAGCUAUACACGUUUCAAUGCUUUCAGGAGACACUCAUGCUUUGCCUUCAAAGCAAUAUUUCUGGUAAACCAGACCUUUUUCACUCUAUGUCCAUACACUAACCUCUACACAGCGGCCACGCCCUGAAGCAUUCGAACCAGUGUGUUAACAAGACAACGCAGCCGAGAACACUAUCAUGUCCGCUGUUUAAAUGUGUUCACCCAGCUGACCUCUGACCUCUUUGUCUUAGUUCAUGUCGCUGGUUGCUUGUUUGCGUCUUGCGUCACUUUUUAAUGGCUUUUGGUUUCCCUUUUUGAUUUUUUAAGUUCCCUUUAACUGAUGAUUUGAUUUUUGCCGUUGAUUGAAGUACUAUUUGCACCGCUACUUUGAUUUGGACGCACAGCGUUUUCCCAACUGUGUUUCCCAGAGUUUGUAUUUAGAUACGAUGUAAAUGUGAUAGGAGGAGGUGAAGAUAUUUUUUUUAUCCUGGCCUGACAUUGACCGAUGUGCGCUCAUGUGGGUUACAUCACAUGGCGGUAGCUGGAGGAUAUUUCCAAAGACGCAAUGUUUACUGACACUGACCGCUCCCUGAGUGGAGGGGUGAAGCAACAUGUCUCCACACUUAAGGGAACAUCUUGUGAGUCACCCUAAAUGAACACUAUACAAUCUGUCUGAAUAGUUUGACCACAGCCUGAACCAGGAUGUGUUGCGAUGUCACCAAGGAGACUCACUUCGAUGUGGCUCAGAUAAGAGCACCAGACUAGACAUGUUAGGCCAUCAAAGUCCUCAUUGUUUCAAUGGAAAUGCUAAUAAAUCUCUAAGGCUAAUUGUUCAUCGCGUUAUUUAUACCGAAGCUUCUAGACAUUAUAUUGGGAGGGCAUUUUGCUAUCGAGACGUUUCUAUAAGACUGAAUAAUUGUAUCAAAUAUAAAGGGAGGUACUAAUCAGAGAUGAAGGGUAUGCAGUUUUUAGACAUCUAAAAUGUAACUUGAUCAGAUCAGCAUUUGAGAAGUAAGUAUGUUUAAGUGUCACUGUUGUAUUUAAAGAUGUAUAUGUUUAACCAAAAUGUUUACUGAAGUGUGAUUUUUUUUUACUCAAACUUUUGCCACUACUUUAAAUUUGCUAGUAUAAACAUACACUGGAUUCUCACGACCCAAAAAAUACGCUGUAUUUUUCAUAAAAGUUAAACAUUAAAUUGGGAUUCAUGUGAAAUAGGCAGUUAAGUAACGGAUGUGUGGUUUUGGACCGCCGUUGUGUGCAGUGGAAAGCAGGAUCUUAAAGAUCCGCUAUUUCCUCGUG